AUGGGUAUAAUAAGCACUUUAAUGGGAUUUUUUGGAUUCGGAUUGGGGAUCGUAUUUGGGCUUGCGAUUGGGUAUUUCCUGUUCAUCUACUUGCAGCCAACUGAUGUUAAGGAUCCUGAUAUUCGUCCAUUAGUUGUGCAAGAUUCUGAGGUUCUUCAAAAACUGCUCCCACAAAUACCCCUUUGGAUUAAAAAUCCAGAUUAUGAUAGGGCAAUUUGCAAGACGAUAAAGCAAAUAGCAGAGCCAAUUAUAGCUGAGCAAAUUCCAAAAUACAAAAUUGAUUCAGUGGAAUGUGAAAAACUGACUUUGGGUUCCUUGCCACCCACUUUUCAAGGAAUGAAAGUGUACUCCACUGAGGAGAAAGAGUUGAUUAUGGAACUAGCUGUGAAGUGGGCAUCUAAUCCUAACAUCCUUGUUUCCGCAAAGGCAUUUGGGCUGCAUGCUACUGUCCAGGUGCUUGACUUGCAAGUAUUUGCUUCUCCACGUAUCACAUUAAAGCCGCUGGUCCCAAGCUUUCCUUGUUUUGCAAACAUAUUUGUUUCUCUUAUGGAGAAGCCUCAUGUUGAUUUUGGACUGAAGUUGCUCAAUGCUGAUGUUAUGUCCAUUCCAGGGCUCUAUAGGUUUGUUCAGGAACUGAUUAAACAUCAGGUUGCAAAUAUGUAUCUAUGGCCCAAAAGGCUAGAGGUUCAAAUAAUGGAUCCUGCAAAGGCAAUGAAGAAACCGGUUGGUAUUCUAAAUGUGAAAGUUAUCAGAGCCAUGAAGCUAAAGAAGAAAGAUCUUUUGGGAGCAUCAGACCCUUAUGUAAAGCUAAAACUUAGUGAAGAUAAACUUCCAUCAAAGAAAACAACUGUCAAACGCAAAAACUUGAACCCCGAAUGGAACGAGGAAUUUAAUUUCGUUGUCAAGGACCCUGAAGCUCAAGUUUUAGAGUUCUCCGUCUACGACUGGGAACAGGUCGGAUCACAUGACAAAAUGGGCUUCAAUAUUGUCCCGCUAAAAGACCUCACUCCGGAGGAGCCAAAAGUUUUGACUCUUGAUCUUCUUAAAAACCUUAAUCAAGAUGAUUCUCAGAAUGAUAAGUCACGAGGGCAACUUGUACUUGAAGUCGAGCACAAACCUUUUGAUGAUAACGAGAUACCAAAUGAUAUGGAAGAUUCAAAUAUCAUGCAAAAGGCUCCUGAAGGAACACCUGACGGUGGUGGUUUGCUCGUUGUUAUAGUCCACGAAGGUCAAGAUCUUGAAGGGAAGCACCACACGAAUCCAUCGGUCCGCUUACUAUUUAGAGGGGAGGAGAAGAGAACUAAGAGUGCCAGUUCAUGGAUUGGCAUUUUUGUUUCUUUUCAAGGAGCAGUGCCAAAGAUGCCUGAAAAUGUAAUAGACUCUAGAAAGGGCCUUUUUAAAUAUUUGCAGCUAGAACUUGUGGCUGUCAUCAAGAAAGAUGGGGAUUCUAUUAUGAAGAGUGUUAGUGAUGCAACCAGGCAUUGGUCUGCAGUAGCAAGAACUAUAGCAGCCACUGAGAACAAGGAGUGUCUUGAUCUUUUUAUUCAGUUAGAUGGACUUCAUUUUGUUAGUAAGUGGCUGAAGGAUGCUCGAAACUUGAGUAAUGGCACAAGUGUUGUCUUCGUGGAAGAAAUUACUUAUUUACUGCUAGCACUUGAAAAGCUGCAUAUGGACGGUCAGAAAUCAGUUUCUUCUGAGAUCUGGAGUACUGUUAAGGAUCUCCUUGGACACAAUAGUUCCAAGUUACAAAAUACAGCUCAAGCUCUAUUAAAUAGGUGGGGGAAAAAUCGAGACGGUGAUACAUCUUCCCUGGAUGUUGAUAGAGUGGGAACGUUAAAUGAUGAUGGUAUGGGAAUAAAUGCAUGUGUUAAGAGAAAUAUUUGGUUGCCAGAAUAUUCUUCUGGAGAUGUUCUUCCCCAAAAGAGUUUUGAUGAAACAAAAUGCCUAAAAUCAACAGUAGAGUGCUCAUCCACUGGUUUUGAUGCAUUUCAAUCUGACAAGCUUGAAAAUGCACAUACUUCUGACAUAAAUUUGGACACUGCUGUUAUGGAUGAUAGGCCUUUAAGACACGUUUGUUCGCCUUCCUUCUCAAAGCCUGAAAAUGAAAAUCCUUGCCAUAAGGUGGAGCCUCCUGUUUGUGGUUCAAUAGGUACUAGUUCAGUUGAAUCAUGUACUCCAGCUGUUACAGCACAGGGUGCUCUUGACAGGCAGACUGAUUUUCACAAGUUACAGUUGUUGAAUAGUGAUGUAAAGCAGACCCCAAAUAUUGGAUUUUCUCCCGAGAAAUUAGACUCUAUCGAAAAGCUUGACCUGUUAGAAGUCCGACAUUAUCCUUCAAAUUCUGAUUCUGCAGAUGCAUUGAAUUCUGUGACACAACCUAAUUUACUGAAAAUUUCCAAUGAUGCAGACAAAGAUUCCUGCCAGAAAGGUCCAGCUUCUGCUGAUGUGAGGACGAUUGACCCUAAGGGAAAGGGUGAUAUAGAUGAUGGCAGAUGUACAAAUAAAUGCAGAAGCCCAAGUGCAUCCAUAACUAAAGAAGGUGGUGAAUUUAACACGCAUGUAUCCUCCCAAAUUAUAGAGCCACUAGAAGUUGCUUGUAAGAUAGAUGUGGAAAGAGAAGUCAAAGAUUUUGCAGAACGAAGUUCCAGUUAUUCUGAAAAAGUUUCAGAAGGAAAAACCCGGGAACCGGAUAUAUCAGACUCUGUAAGUGGAAAACAAUGCAAUGGCGAGGGCUCGCCUAAGGAGGUGGCAAAUGACCGUGAUCCGUCUGCAGGAAUUUCACCAAUUGCAAAAGAGUCAGCAACUAGCACUGAGAACCAAGAUGGUGAGCAGAUGAAUAGCGAACAAGAUAUGCAAACCUCUCAGGUCACUGAAGCUGUUCAGGAAGCUGCCAGUACAGAGAAAAGCCCGUGUAACUUCGAUCUGAAUGAAGUUUAUUUGGAUGAUACAAAUUAUACUGGAAAUGCAAUUUCUAUCCCCGUCUCCAUUGUUUCUGCUUCAAGGGCUGCUGCUGCUCAUGGAUUUCCUGUUUCUCCGUUGCAGUUUGAGGGGAAUCUUGGAUGGAAAGGUUCCUCUGCAACAAGUGCUUUCCGACCAGCAUCACCCCGCCGAAUACCUGAUCGUUGCCAGGAUCUUUCCUCUGGGGGAAGCAGUUGCAGUUCAAAGCAGCUGCAUGGAUGUCUUCAUAUUGACCUGAAUCUAGCUGGAGACGGUUACGACAGAACAGAAGAUCCACUAACAGAUAAACAAGUCCCAGUAUCUUCUGGUCCUCCUGGGAAAUUUUCAGCGGAAGCAAAUUCAAGAUUAGAGCGUCUUGAGUUGGAUCUUAAUCAUUCAAGUGAAGCUGGUGAUGUUCAAUCAGAUUGGCUGGCUGAGCGACAGCUCUUUCCCAAGAGAAAUGACCAUCACUGCCAGUUCCAUUCUUCCUCUUCAUCAUCGAAACUGCCAGUGUUAAUGAAUAUUGAUCUGAAUGGCGACCCUUCUUCUCUCAUUUCUUCCAAUAAUUCCCAUUUAAGUAAGUCAUCUCAAAACUUAAAUGCUUCUGGGGGUAUAAAGUUGGAUGACUCUGCAAUAUCUAUUAUGGGUACAAGAGUGGAGAUCGAGCAUAAAGAUUUUGUUCCUCAGUUUCUGCAUGGGACUCCAGAACUUUCAUUUGACAUUAAUUUGGCAAGAACUGAGAGUAUUAUGGGGAUCGGAUCUGCACUUCCAUAUGCCCAUUCUACCAGUUACAAUGGGCUUGCACCUGCUUUAUCCUCCAUGAUGUAUGGACCUGGAGGUCCCAUUCCAUACAUGAUGGAUUCUAGAGGAGCACCAGUCGUCCCUCAGAUUGUAGGCUGUGCUUCAUCUCUACCAACUUCCUUAUCUCAAUCAUCAUUUAUGAUUAGCAUGACGGGGUCAACUGCUUCAAACGGGGUUGUGCCUCCCAGGACUAGUUUGGAUCUCAACUCCUGGUCGAUUAUGGAGGGGCAAAAUAGGGAUACUACAGGCUUCAGGCAGUUCUUGAAUAUGGGGCAGGCCAGGUCAACAGAUGAGCAGCCAAGGUCCAGUUCCCCACUCUAUAUCAGUUCAUUUGGUGGGAAACGCAAAGAACCAGAUAGCGGAUGGGAACAUUACCCCUUUAAACAUCGUACACCGCCUCAGAUAUAG